AUGACAGAAUAUUGGCGACAUGUGUGGCAGAGCAGUGAAGUUUUGGGUGAUUAUGUCUCUGCAAAUCAUCACCUAUUCGAAGGACGAGUAAUUCUUGAACUGGGCGCCGGUUGCACUGGAAUACCGGGAUUGGUUGCUGCGAAAUGUGGAGCCAAAUUGGUUAUUUUUACGGAUCAUCCUGAAAGCGGAGAAGCUUUCGAAAUUUUGAAGCAAAACUGCAUCGAGAAUGACCUGGACGAGAAUUCUUUCUUAAUCAGAGAUUUAGAUUGGAAUGGAUCAAAUCUUAAUCAGGUUCUGGAUGAUAUAUUCGUGUUGCAUUACAUUUUAGCAGCAGAUAUCUUCUACGAUAUUACGGUAUUUGGGGCGCUUAUAAACACUAUUGCAUCAUUAUUACGACGUAGUAAUUGGUCGAUCGAGGAUUUGCUUCUGCUAAAGGAAUUAUGCUGUAGACGAGUGCGAGUCAUUGAUACCGAUCUUCAUACAAUUCAUAUUGGAAUUAUUUUCACUAGGGCAGAUUUUAUGGAAGCGUCGAGAAUAUUCGCUGGAGUCGAAGGUGGUGCAACGCAAUCUCGACUUCUUUUUAUUGAUGAGACUGGCAAGCGAUAUGGUGAAUGGAGUCAAUCUGGCCUGAAUUACUGCCUUGAUGGGUUCGAUGUGGUUGCUGACAGAAUAGCAAAAUGGAUUCAAAUAGCUAAAAAAGAAGUUGGGAUCAUUGGUCCCCUUGCGGCUGUGGGAAUGGGCCUUUCGGGAGCUGAAGAUGAAGAAAGCAAUCGAAGACUAAUUGAUUUUUUAAAAGAUCAACACGGUGACAUUGCUCUUGAAUUUUCGCUGUCUUCAGAUGCUGUUGUUUCGGUUGCUGCAUCAUUCCAAAACGGUGGUGCAGUAAUUGUCGCAGGAACUGGUUCAGCUUGUCGAUUAUUAAAGGCCGACAACAGCGUUUAUGGUGUUGGCGGUUGGGGACAUCAAAUUGGUGAUGGUGGUAGUGCGUUUUGGAUUGCAAAGAGGUUAAUCCAAUGUAUAUUUGACGAAGAAGAUGGACUUCGUCCGUCGCCUCAUCCGAUUUCAAAAAUAAAACGAUUGUUUGUGGAAUUUUUUGGUCUCCGUGACAAGACAGGCAUUUUGGAGAUUUUAUAUACUAAUUUCGAUAAAUCCAGGAUAGCAUCCUUUACUGCUCACGUAGCUAAAGAAGCAAAUGAUGAUCCUCUUAUUCGACAUAUUUUUCGCGAUGCUGGCGAGCAGCUUGGCUUACAUGUACGAGCCAUUUCAAGAAAUUUCGAUGAGGAAAUGCUCGACAACACCCCGCUUCUGUUGAUUGGUUCCGUAUGGCGAAGUUGGGAAUUGCUAAAGAAUGGUUUUAUAUAUGGACUCAAAAGUAAUGGCAGUCGGAUUAGACAGGUAACACUUUACACCCUUCUGGAAACACCUGCUUUAGGAGGUGCCCUUUUGGUAGCCAAAAAACUUGGUAAAAAAAUAGCCUGCGAGCAGAGAACUGCUAUAUUCGAG